AUAUUAAUUUAUUCAUGUUCAAAUUAUAUUUCAACAACAAUUGCUUUCUUUUAAAAAGGCUUACACUUAAGAAUGUCAUUUAAGUAAGUAUUGCAGUUGGCACUUCAUUUACAAUGCAACUUAUAAACAUAUGCACCAAUAUAAAAUUCAUUUAAAGUACAUAAUUUGAUCUGUUCUAUGAAAUAGAAAACUUUGUCAGUUAUUAAAGUUGAAAUUCUUCCCCUAUCAGUGUAUGAAACAAUCCCAAUUAUCUGCAACAUGAUCAGGAUGUCCCUAUAUAAAACCAGGAAGUAAAAUACAUACAUCAUACAUGUAUAACAAACUAGAUUUAUUAAAAUGGCGUUCUCUCAAUCAGUUAGUAAAAGUCAAGUACCAGUAAAAUGUAACUUGUGUGAAAAUGAAACUAUAAAAUGGAAAUGUGAAGACUGUGAAUUACUAUUGUGUACUAACUGUAGGGAUAGAAAACAUUCAAAAAUUAAAAAUUCUCAAAAUCAUAAGAUAAUUGACAUUAAGCAAGUAGGUGUGCAUUCUGAAAAAGUGGAUUUUUCAAACAUUCAAUGCAAAGAUCACUUUGGACAGAUGUAUCGUCUCUUUUGUACUACAUGUGACAGUCUAGUUUGUCCAAUAUGCAUCAAUAAAUUUCACAAAAUACAUGAUUUAAUCAAAAUCAGUGAAGGAUUUAAUAUGAAAAUAGAGAAGCUAAAGAAAGGACAAAGUAAAAUCCAGAUCAAUAAAGCUAAACUGGCAACAAAUAAAGAACUUUUGGAACAAUGCAAGUCUCAUGAAAAUGAAAAUUACACUGAGGUUAUACAAAACAUUCAAAAUCAUGGGAAUGCUUUAAAGCAAGCAGUUGACAAACACAUAGAAGAGCUAAAAAAUGAAGUAAGUGAAAAUAAAAAAGCAAUAAUGUAUUCAAUUGACACUGAUCUUGAUGUCAUAUUAAGAUUUAUGAUAGAGGCAGAUGACAAAAACAAUGAAACCAUAGAUCUUAUUAAGGCAACAGAUAUUGACAAGUUUUUUCGUGAAAUCCAUCAAAUUGAGAAAUUGAUAGAUAUACCAGUACCAAAAACCCAGUCAUCAUACAAUUCCAUUCCUAAAUUUGAUCCAGGGGAGAUCACUCAGUCUAAUGUUGGAGUCUUACAAAGUGAUGACAGUCCGGUAAAAUUAGGUGUUGCUCUCGAUAUCAUUUCAGAAUAUCCGACUGAACUUUCCAUUGUAACAGAUAUAAUUCCAUGUUCUGACAAGUCAAUCUGGAUAAAUUGUGAUAUAGAUGAAAAGUUGGUGAAAAUAAAACCUGAAGGAAAUAAUCUGAAGAUAAUAUGUUCUUUCAACAUCAAUAUCUAUGGCAUGGCAGUACUUCCAUCUAAUGAUAUUCUCCUGUGUACAGAAGGGGAAUCCAGUCUAAUACAACUCAAUAGUAUCACCGGUGAACUGACAGACAGUGUAUAUGAUGUGGAUCCUUUAGGUUCUACUGCCAUCCACAUCACCAGUGGUAAUAAAGUAGUUGUAGGAGGUAAUGAUGAUGAACUAGGAAGAAGAGCUGUGUUUGUAAUGGAUGAGAAGGGAGACCAUGAGAUUGUUUAUGAACAUGAUAAACUUAAUCAACCUAUAUUCACCUAUCCACAGAGUAUAAACAGUACCAGUAAUGGGAACAUACAUGUGGUAGAUUGUGAAGCGGAUAGUGAUCGAGGUAGAGUGGUAGUGUUAGGACAGGGUGGGGAUAUAAUCAAUACAUAUAUGGGACAUAUAAAUAUCAACAAGGAUAUACCAUUCACACCAGUCAGAAUAGUGACAACACCAAGAGACAAUGUUAUUGUAGUGGAUGUAGGCACUGAGGUGUUUCACUUUUUAAAUAAUACAGGAAAACUUUUGUUCCAUUAUAAUACCAAGAUUAUGAGAAGAAUCCGUCCAUACUGCCUUGCCUUUACACCAACAGGCCAACUCUAUAUUGGAUGUUCAAGACCUAGUAGUACAGCAAAGAAAGCAAGGCUUUAUCAAGUGACAUUAUCAGGCUGUUAACAUUAAAAUCGUUUCUUACAAAUUGUAUGUUGUUAUUACAGAAAAUUUCUUUUCAAUUUUCGCACUGGCUAACAAUUUAAAAAUUUAUUUUUCAUUUAUAGAAAAUUACUUUUAUUGUUUGAUUACAUUGUGACAUGUAAAGAACGGUGAAAGGAAAGCUUAAAUGGCCCAUUUCAUGCAAGGGUUUUAAAAUAUAUAGAAACAAUUUCAAUUUUAAACUCAAAUAAAAUAUUAGAAAAUAUAUGCUAAAAAAUGGAUUGUUCUUUAAAUAAAAACAACAUGCAAUUCAACAGUGUUUUCAAAAGUUAGAAUUUUAGUUAAUUAUUCAUUUCUGAAAUAAGAAUAUUUUAUCUCUACUCUUCAAUUUUGUGCAUUAUGUUUAAUUUUUAAUUUGAAUUAUUUGAAAUAACUGCAUGUCCAUCAAUUAUUUUUAAGCACUGAUUUUUGCAAUAACAUGAUGCAUCAAACUAUAAGUCCCUACAACUGUAAAAAUGAAAAUCGUCAUUCACACAUGUUUAAUGAUAUAUAAUUGAAAAAGGAAAUGGUAUAAAUUGUGUCCAUAUAUGUAACUGUACUUUCAUCAAUGAUUUAUACACAUUAGUUUUCCUCAGCUUCCUGUAUUUGAGUUUACAUUUAAUCUAUAAUAACAGUUCUUGCUAUGUACAAUGCAAUCUAUAAAUACAUAUUUUCUACUGAAGCUACUAUAAAAAAAAUCAAAGAUAUAUAUUUUGAAUUGGUUUUGUAUUCAGAAAAAAUAUAUAAAGUAUGUAUCACCAUAAACCAUCCACUAGUUAAAGUAAUUACCUUUCAAGUGGUUACGUCUUCCUUUUUCCAGCAAAACCCACUUAAAGUUGUUGUUUAUAAAAUUAUCUACAUUUAUAUUUGUUAGCUCAGGACAGUCAAUAUAUAUAUUUUGGGUUUCUCUUGAAAGAACCUUUAAAUUUAUAGUACUUUUCAAUGACCAUUUUUUUUAUUAGAAAUUAAGUAUUUUUGAUUUUUCAUAUUUUAUUUGUAUUUAAAAAUUUCCCUUAUAAUUUUUUUUAAGAUGUUAUAUCAUAGUACCUUAUAAAUCUUGUACAUCACAUAUAACUAAUUAAAGUUCCAAGUAGAAAUAUUAGUCAAAACUUGUUUUGUUUCCAUUAAAGAAAAAAAAUUAAUUCCUGUAUUUUUUGGCUUCAAGACUCCCUGGGAAAUAUUGAUUAUUAAUUAUUAGAAAAAUUACAUUGUAAGCUCUCUCACAUGUACAAUUUUUGCCAGAGUUUUAUAAAUUAUAUAUCAAAGGUUUAUAUAUCAGCAAUUUCUUGGACAAGUUUGAAAAUCAAUGUUGAUCAACCUAUUUUUUAAAGAGUUGUGCCCCUAGGAAAAAUUAAUUAUAUGAAAAAUUGCAUUGUAAGCACUCUCAAGCCUACAUUUCUUCAAUGGAUUGUUAUAAAAUUUAUAUUAAAGAUUUAAAUCAGCAAUGUCUGGAUUAAGUUCAAAAAUCAGUGCCGAUUAGUUAUUGAUAAAAGAGUUAUGCCCCUUGGAAAUAUUAAGUCUAUGGAAAAGUUGUAUUGUAAACAUUCUAAUGUGUUCAAUUCUUGCCAAAUAUUUAUGAAAUUUAUAUUAAAGGUUUAUAUCAGCAGUGUCUUAUACACUUUUGAAAAUCAGUGAAGAUCAACUAUUUAAGAGUUGUGCCCCUUGGAAAUAUUAAUUAUAUGGAAAAUUGCAUUGUAAGUCUUCAUUUCUCUGUUUUAAAAAGUUUAAAAGAACAAUAAAAUGAGUGAAUUUUUUAAUAGUUAUUGCCCUUGGACAGAUAAAAUAUGUGGAAUGCAGUGGACACUGGAAUUCUGUUCUUUUAUUAUUGUAUAAAUUGCUUACGGAUUGGUUUUGCAAAAACAAAAACUUGCAUUUAAAUUUUUUAAAGCAUAUUUGUUUGCAGCAUUUCCUGUAAUUGGCAAUAAUUAAUAAAUUUUCACAGUUUU